UCCUUGGUGAGUGACGGACAGCUAUUUCCCCAGAGCCUGAUGCUGGAUGGCCAAGCCCCCAUGGAGGCUCAGUAUGCAGAGGAGAGUCCAGGAUCCUGGAUCUUCAGAGCAGAGCCAGGAGACCCACUGCGGAGGCCCGAGGCCCAGCAGCAACCCAUCUCUUGGGCAGGGCGCUGGUGCACAGGGCGGCGCGGCUGGGCGGCGUUCGGAGCCCUGGCGUUGCUGGCUGGUGCAAGCAUUGGCUCCUGGCUUCUAGCGCUGUAUCUGUGGCCGGCUGCCCCUCAGCCUGUUCCUGGGACCCUGCAGGAUGAGGAUAUGAGCUUAAACUGCUCGGAGGCCAGCGGUGAGGAAGCCCUGCUCCCCUCGCUUCCCAGAGCAGUGUCUUUCAGAAUAAACACCGAGGACUUCUUGCUGGAAGUGCAUGUGAGGGCCCGGCCAGACUGGCUCCUGGUCUGCCAUGAGGGCUGGAGCUCUGCCCUGGGGGUACGGAUCUGCCAGAGCCUUGGGCAUCUCAGGCUCACAGACCACAAGGCAGUGAACCUGUCUGACAUCAGGCUCAACAGCUCCAGGCAGUUUGCUCAGCUCUCUCCUAGACUGGGAGGCCUCCCGGAGGAGGUGUGGCAGCCCAGGGGCAGCUGUACUUCUGGUCAAAUUGUUUCCCUCAGAUGCUCUGAAUGUGGGACCAGGCCCCUGGCUUCCCAGAUAGUGGGCGGGCAGGCGGUGGCUCCGGGGCGCUGGCCCUGGCAGGCCAGCGUGGCCCUGGGUGCCCGGCACACGUGCGGGGGCUCCGUGCUGGCCCCGCACUGGGUGGUGACCGCGGCGCACUGUGUGCACAGUUUCAGGCUGUCCCGCCGGUCCAGCUGGCGGGUCCACGCGGGGCUGGUCAGCCACAGCACAGUCAGGCCGCACCCGGGGGCUGUGGUGGAGCGGAUCAUCGCCCACCCUCUGUACAGUGCCCAGAGCCACGACUACGACGUGGCCCUCCUGCAGCUCCGGACCCCGCUCCACUUCUCAGACACCGUGGGCGCUGUGUGCCUGCCGGCUGAAGAGCAGGAUUUUCCAAGGGGCUCGCAGUGCUGGGUGUCUGGCUGGGGCCACACUGACCCCAGCCACACCCACAGGUCGGACACGCUCCGGGACACGGUGGUGCCCCUGCUCAGCACCCAGCUCUGCAACAGCUCUUGCGUGUACAGCGGGGCCCUGACGCCCCGCAUGCUGUGUGCCGGCUACCUGGACCAGAGGGCCGACGCGUGCCAGGGGGACAGCGGGGGUCCCCUGGUGUGCCUGGACAAGGGCACGUGGCGCCUGGUGGGGGUGGUCAGCUGGGGCCGCGGCUGCGCAGAGCCCAACCACCCCGGCGUCUACGCCAAGGUUGCCGAAUUCCUGGACUGGAUCCAGGACACGGCGCAGGUGAGUCGGGGGGCAGGUGGGGCAGACCUUUUUGUGAAGGACCAGUAACCCUCGGAAACCGUGACCCUCAUCCCUCGGGCCUGGGCCCUGCUGGGAGCUGGGGAAUAUUCCCAGACUGGGAGAAGGAAGAAGUGAUGCUUAUAACGUUGAAUCCAUUCUAUUAAUUUAAGCAUUCACUAAGGAAGAGUUAACCUGAAUUUGUAGCCCAGAUUUUCCAUUUCCUGUGUGGCCUGUGGCAAAUUCCUACAGGAAUUUGGUAAACCUCAGUGUCCUGGUAGUAACCAUCGUGGCUACUGUAUAUGCCGUCAUAUGUGACGAUGACAUGAGUUAAGGCCUGCCCAGCGCCAGGCUUAGAGUGAGUGAUCCAGGUGUUAUUAUGUACUUACUUAUGACCAUUACUCAUCCCUGGUCGUGCCUGCUCUCCCUGCCCUAGGGAGAGAGCUCAGCAUCUAGCAGUUUGAGUUCAGCCACUGAUUCAUUCUGUGUGAUCCUGGGCCGGCCACUCCACUUCAUCCGUUCAGGGGAAGAGCCAAGUGAGAGAAUGUGUAUAAAAGCACGUGAUCUGUAUAAAGUACUUUACAAAUGCAGGGUGUGAUCGUGGGAAGCAUCCUUCUGCAAGGUUGGGCUCAGGGCAGGUGGUAGAUAAUAAACUGUAGAGUUUACAGGUGGCCUAGGCAUCCACCUUCUCAUUCAAACCUUACAAAAAACCUAGAGAAGCAGAUAUGUUAGCCCCAUUGGAUAGAAGUGGAAAUGAAGGUUCUGAGUGGUUAAGUGAUUUAUUAAAAUGCUAGUUACUCGGCUAACCGAGGGUGGAGCCGCUCUGUAGAUCAGCUCCUUUCUCUUUCAGCCCAGGACUCCCUCCCCUGGUCCUGUUGUUUCCUCAGUCUCAUUGCAUACCAGCCUCAUGUUUCCUGGGGUCUCUGGCAGGUCCACUAGAUGGAGGAGAAGCAGCAGCCCCGGAUGCAGAAGGUGUGGAUCUCUUAUCACUGCACAAGAGACAGUCACCACCCACCGGCCAGCCUCCAGGCCACAGGGCCUCUCCCCUCCAGCCCUGGUUUCCAGCCCCUCUAUCUCACCAGAGAGCCUCAAUGACAGGAGAGAAGCUGGAGUUGGGUUGGGAAGGUCGGGGAGCCGGGAGGUGGGGAGGGAGCAGCUGGAGAGGAAGAGGGUGCUGGCGGCCGGGAGCCUGCCCUUCUGCCCCCACCCCCACCCCAGCGCGCAUCUUUUGGGAGGAUGCUCAGGGAUGCCCUGGGCCUGCCUUCUCCCUGUGCUCUCAGGUGGGGGAAGUGCCUCCCUACAGACCCAGGCUGGGAAGCUCCUGGGCAGAUGGGGUCAAGGCUGGACCAGCCCAGGUGAAGCCCAUGGAGUCAGGAUCCGCCCCACUCUUCUGUCGAUCUCACCUACUUCCUGCUCUCACUUGGCUCUGACUGGCCCUGCUGGGGCGGGGGCACUGUAAGACCCCUCUGCUUGGUGUUGGAACAGGGUGUAGGUUUUAAAUGACAGUUCUGUGAACUGGUCCAGGUCUUCUGGUAUUAAAGUGAAAUGAUGUAUGGCCUUGGUCCCGUCCUCCCCCCACCCCCCUUCUCUCUCUUUCUCUCACACCCACAUUAAGGGGUAGUAGAAUUACAAUUUUCCUCCCAUACAUGUUUCUUAAAGCUCUGGAACUGACUCCUGCUCAUAUAAUUCUGUACAUUUGUUAAAUCUACAUGUCAUGAUUGACAAUAGAAAGCCCCAGCCUUCCAGGUGCUCUGAUGCUGCAAGUCUGAGUGCCACUGAGUCAGUGCUCCCUCCGGGAGGGUCUGGCUUCCCCAUGAGACCCAUCUCUCCUCAGCUCUUGUUUCAGGACUGGGCCUUCUGGCUCGGGAGAUGUCUUUCUGAGUUUCUGCCCAGUUAGCAUUUUCCUGGUUAAGCUUCUCCCCCACUCUCUCCUCUCCAGCGAUUAAAAUGCAAUUGGUAUCUUAUUUCUAAAAACUGCAAUGAAUUUUUUAUGGUGCUUACCCAAGGAAAUGCAAUUAGCGUUUAGCAAUAACACAACUUUUCGGGAGUUUAUCAGCAUUUUUUUGAGGGGUAGUACAAAUGAAUAUUCAUUCCUGGAGGGUCUGCUUCCUUUGCAAAGAAGUGCAUUAGAAAAAAAAGGGCCACAAUUUACUGUCGUUUAAAAACAGCUGGGGAAGUGGCUGCUGGGAGUCUGCUGCCCAACUGCAGAAGCAACGUGGGUGAGGCCCUGGCAGGUGGUGGGUAGUCUGACCCUGUGUUCUGAGAGCCCCAACCUCCAGCCUCCAUCCCAAGAUCAGCACUUACUACCCGACUCUGGUGGGUCCCCACUUCAAGAGGCGGUUUCAGGGCUGCCGAUCUCCCUGGGCAGGGAAGAGUUACCAGCAAAUCCAUCAGCGAUGAUCUUUUUUGUGUUUCUGUUGUUGCCCAUAGGCGUUUGCUUAUUUAAAGGGAGCUUUUUAUUUACCACAGUCAUUA